AGGCUUUUCUCAAAUUGCGUUGUGAUCAGUUGCGGUCUUUAAAUUUCAACAUAAUAAAAAACUACUACACCACAAGGCUCGACAAUUGAGACAAAGAUCCUUUAUUCUGUUCCUCUGUAAAUAAAACUUUUCCGUGUGUUUUCCGAAAUUUUAGUGACUUAAUCGAAAUUUUCCGAAUUACCUUUAACACUAGGCCAAGCUACAGUUUUCUCUAUGUGCAGUUUAUUUGAUAGAUCCUAUUUAAGCUUAAAAUUAUAUUGUGAGGACGAGAGUAUAAAAGUGUAUUGCAAGCAAUCAACAAUUUAAAUGACGACAAACUGAACAGCGGAAUUUUCAAGCUUUUCCCGCGAAGAGCAAUUAGCCUGGACAAGAAUCAUCGGAGUUGCGGCCAUAUCAAAGUCUCGCCUUCUAUACGUCUGCAACGCCACGAAACUCACCCAUGGCCAGUGCUGAAACGCGACGAAGAAAUGUCAUCAAGUGCAGAAAGAAAACAACCACUAAAACAAAAAUGGACGGAAACAGAGAUGAAGCUGAACGUUGUAUUGAGAUAGCCCAGAAAGCCUUCGUCGAGGGUAAAUGGGAACGGGCGGAAAAAUUUCUCACCAAAGCGGAAAGGCUGUAUCCAACACAGCGCGCCAAAGACUUGCUGGAAAAGGUGAAAAGUUUUCCAACAUUUAAUCCACCUCCUGAGAAUACCGGGGACAGUGCGAAAGAUGGUUUGCAUCGACGUAAUCCACCAGGUUCACCAAAGGCUGAACGUAAGCACGACGCGGAAUAUACAGCGGAACAAUUGGAGGCGGUUAAAAGGAUUAAAAAAUGUAAAGAUUACUACGAAGUGCUGGGCGUAACAAAGGAGGCGAGCGAUUCAGAAAUCAAAAAGUCCUACAAGAAAUUAGCUUUACAAUUACAUCCAGAUAAAAACAAAGCUCCUGGUGCAGUUGAAGCCUUCAAAGCGGUAGGGAAUGCCGUGGCCAUUCUUACGGAUGUCGAGAAGCGGAAAUCGUAUGAUUUGCGAGGGAGCGAUGAAUUCGUUCGUCACAGCAAUCGCCAUCAUUAUAGUGAGUUUACGUACACGCGUGGGUUUGAGUCGGACGUUACGGCUGAAGAACUGUUUAACAUGUUCUUCGGUGGAGGAUUUCCACAGCAAAAUGUAUAUAUGCGGCAAAGACGGUAUCAUCGAGCUGAACAUCAGCAGCAGCGUGAGCAAUCUGGAUACGCAGCCUUAUUCAAUCUAUUGCCAAUACUUUUACUUAUUGGCUUGUCAAUGAUGUCAUCAUUCUUCAUAUCGGAUCCAAUUUAUAGUUUAACGCCCACAAGCAAAUAUUCCGUACAAAGACGAACGAAUAACUUACGUGUUCCAUAUUAUGUGAAGGAUAAUUUCCACACGGAAUAUCAAGGCUCAGUUGGCCGCCUGGAGGCUUCGGUUGAAGAAGAUUUUAUCAAUCAUUUGAAACAUGCAUGCAGUCGUGAAAGGAACUACAGAGAUUCGAUGAUGGCGAAAGCACGCAGUUUUGGUGAUCGAGAACUAUUUAAAAAGGCGCAACACAUAAAUACGCCUUCAUGUGAUUCUUUACAUCAAUACUUAUCGUAGCCACUUUAAUUUGCUGUAGUGCGGGAGUUAUGAUGAGGACAUGGUACUUUAUGCAGUGCCUCUUUCUAUUUUCACGCUAUAAACACAUAUUAAAGCUGGCGUCAAUAUAGCAACAGCAAUGUAUCUAAGUCUUAUCACCGAAAAGACCUUUUCUUCCCUUUCAUUGUGCUCACUUUGAAUAUGGAUCGGACCCGUUUUUUUCUAAAAGCUACAUUUACAAUCUUGACCAGAAACUAAUCAAGUCUAGUCUAAUUAUGAAGCAGAAUUAUAAUAAAAACUAGAGAAUAUUUACACUGAAUUUUAUUCAGUGGACAUUGAUAUAAAUUUGUAUAAAAGACUUUAUUUCAUCUAUGAAAUUUUAUAUUGAAUGCUGUCUCUACGUGUAUUUGUUGACUAGUAUCCGAGUUCCGCAAACUUGAAGGAUAAAGUGAUGUGUAAUAAUCGUUAAUUUGUAUUUAUUGGAUUCGUUGUUUUCUUCAAUUAGAAUAUGAUGUCGGCUACUUAGGCUGCUUAUGGUUAGCCGCUUCAUAAAUAGUUAAUAAAGAACAUCAGGUAAACUGUUUUUAAUUUAAUAUUUGUAAGCGGUAACAUUGAUUAUUGCAAUAAAUACUGGAAAUAUCCCAAUUGAAUGAAA